AUGGGGUCCCUUUUCACUUCUCUCUUCCCAUCCCCUCUCAAUGAGUUCAUAGAAGAUGGAAACAACUCAUUUCCUUCCAUUGGUAUCGGAUAUGAAGAAAUAACUUCAGUAGAGGACGCGUGCUUCGCUGUUGAAGCUGUAGGGAAAUCUGAACCAGAGAUUUGGAAAUUUGUGCUAUGUUAUUUGUGUUGUGCAGGCCUUCAUGAUUCACGAGAACCAGGACCUCAGAAUCAAGAUGUUUGGAUUGUCGCUGCAAGUUCCUCUGCUGUAGCAUUUUUCAUCGUCAAAGCAACAGUUCAUAAACAAAAGCACACGGUCUUAUCUGUGACAAUGGCUAUUGGAUCCCACAAGCUUUCUCAGCAAGGAGCUAUUACCAAGCGUAUGACUGCCAUUGAGGAGAUGGCUGGCAUGGAUGUUCUGUGCAGUGACAAAACUGGAACCUUGACCCUCAACAAGCUCAGCAUCGACAAGAACUUGAUUGAAGUGUUUAUUAAAGGUGUGGACAAGGAAUAUGUCAUACUGACUGCUGCCAGGGCUUCUAGGGUUGAGAAUCAGGAUGCUAUUGAUGCUUGCAUGUUAAACAUGCUUGCUGACCCUAAGGAGGCAAGAGCUGGUAUUCGAGAAGUCCAUUUCCUUCCAUUUAAUCCCGUGGACAAAAGAACUGCUCUCACUUACAUCAACGAGUCUGAUGGAAAAUGGUACCGUGCAAGUAAAGGAGCUCCUGAGCAGAUCCUGGAGCUGUGCCACUCAAGUCAAGAUCUGAGGAGGAAAGUCCACUCUGUUAUUGAGAAAUUGGCUGAACGUGGGCUUCGGUCGCUGGGUGUUGCGAGGCAGGAUAAGGACUCAAACAUUGCUGCUAUUCCUGUUGAAGAGCUGAUCGAGAAGGCUGAUGGAUUUGCUGGGGUUUUCCAGUGCAAA